AUGAGUCAAACAGGGAACAAGAGUUCCUCAGAUGGAGAAACUCAACACCAGACUUCAUUUGUCAACAAAUGCAUCAGGGGGUCAAAAUUCAGAAAAGAGAGCAAUGACCUUAAAACAACUGAUUUUCGACCCAGCGACGAGACACCAAAAACUAAUAUGAUGAUGACUAAGACUAUCACUUCAGAAAUGGAAUUAAGAUCCAGGAUGGAGGAAAAUGAGCCGUCUGCUGUCGACAGGUGUCUAGAUUUGAACAACUGUAGACUAACAACAGCGGAUGUGAGGGAGCCAGUUGCUUUGCUGCCUUCUCUCCCAGACUUGGAAAAACUGGAUAUUUCCUGGAAUGAUUUCAUAAUAAGCAGAACCCUCCAUUUACUCGUGCAGCAAAUGCAUCUUGUCAGCAAGUUAAAAAUCUUGAGGCUGGGUAGUUGCAGACUUACUGCUGAUGAUGUUCGAGCACUGGGAUAAGCACUUAAAGCGUUGCCUGAGCUUGAGUUGAAUUUGUCCUGGAACAGUAAAGUGGGAGGAAACUUGCCUCUGAUCCUCCAGACAUUCCGAGAAGGGAGCAAGAUACAAAUGCUUGAGCUUGUGGACUAUGCCCUCACGUCAGAAGAUGGGGCGUGUGUGGGUCAGUUGCUACUUAGGCUGCAAAACCUUGAAGUACUUGAUCUUUCUAUUAACAGAAACAUCGGUGGCAGUCUCAACAGUAUUAUUGCUCAGGGAUUAAAAAGUAGCUUAAAUCUGAAAGUCUUGAAGUUACAUUCAUGUGGAUUAUCACAAAAGAGUGUCAAACUACUGGAUGCUGCUUUUAGAUACUUGUGUGAGCUGAGGACACUAGACCUUUCCUGCAACAAGGAGAUGAGUGGAGGGUUUGAAGACUCCCCGGGGCUGGCCACGCUCGAGCAUCUGGAGGGGCUGGAUCUUCACCAGUGCUCGCUGAUGGGCGACCACAUGGUGUGGCUGAACUCUUAUACCUCAAUUGGGGAAGAUGAGAAGAGUUCAUGA